GGUCCCCCCCGCCGCCGCUGAAGUGGUAGGCUCCACCGCCGCGCUGCCGCUUUCCAGCCGCGGCGGCUGGGCACGUCCAAGCCGAGUGCGGGGAGGGAGAGGGGAGGGCGGCGGAGGGGACGGUCAGAAGUGUCAGGAGCAGUUCAUCCUGAGAAGUAGCUUCCCGCUCAACCCGCAUUUCGUCGGGGUGCGCUCUGCUACCAUGCCGAAUUAAAAUCUCUGCGCAGUGGACACAAAAGCCUUGGAUUUUCAGAUAAUAACAGAAUUCCCCCUGGGAAUGCUGACUCCUUGCUUGGUGCCUUGAAGUUUCUCCGGGAUGAACUGAUGAACUGGAACCAUGGUGCAAAAGAAGAAGUUCUGUCCUCGGUUACUUGACUACCUAGUGAUUGUAGGCGCCAGGCACCCGAGCAGUGACAGUGUGGCCCAGACUCCUGAACUGCUUCGGCGAUACCCAUUAGAGGAUCACCCUGAGUUUCCCCUGCCCCCAGAUGUCGUGUUCUUCUGCCAGCCAGAGGGCUGUCUGAGUGUGCGGCAGCGGCGCAUGAGCCUGCGGGAUGAUAUCUCUUUUGUCUUCACCCUCACCGACAAGGACACCGGAGUCACGCGUUAUGGCAUCUGUGUUAACUUCUACCGCUCCUUCCAGAAGCGAAUGCCUAAGGAAAAGGGGGAAGCUGGGGCAGGGUCCCGUGGGAAGGAAGGACCCCGGCCCACCAGCGCCUCAGAAGAGGUUGGCACUGAGAGUUCGGAGAGUGGCUCGUCCCUGCAGCCUCCCAGUGCCGACUCCACCCCUGAUGUGAACCAGUCUCCUCGCGGAAAACGCCGGGCCAAGGCAGGAAGCCGGUCCCGCAACAGUACUCUGACUUCCCUCUGUGUGAUCAGCCACUACCCCUUCUUCUCCACCUUCCGAGAGUGUCUGUACACCCUCAAACGUCUGGUGGACUGCUGCAGUGAGCGACUGCUGGGCAAGAAACUGGGCAUCCCCCGAGGCAUACAAAGGGACACCAUGUGGCGCAUCUUCACUGGAUCGUUGCUGGUGGAGGAGAAGUCAGGUGCCCUUCUGCAUGACCUUCGAGAGAUUGAGGCCUGGAUCUAUCGAUUGCUGCGCUCCCCAGUGCCCGUCUCUGGGCAGAAGCGAGUAGACAUUGAGGUCCUACCCCAGGAGCUCCAGCAAGCUCUGACCUUUGCUCUUCCUGACCCCUCUCGAUUCACCCUGGUGGAUUUCCCACUGCACCUUCCCUUGGAACUUCUGGGUGUGGAUGCCUGCCUUCAGGUGCUAACCUGCAUCCUGUUAGAGCACAAGGUGGUGCUACAGUCCCGCGACUACAACGCACUCUCCAUGUCUGUGAUGGCAUUUGUGGCAAUGAUCUACCCCCUGGAGUAUAUGUUUCCUGUCAUCCCACUGCUGCCCACCUGCAUGGGAUCGGCAGAGCAGCUGCUGUUGGCCCCAACCCCAUACAUCAUCGGGGUCCCUGCCAGCUUCUUCCUCUACAAACCGGACUUCAAAAUGCCUGACGAUGUAUGGCUAGUGGACCUGGACGGCAGUAGGGUGAUUGCCCCCACCAAUGCAGAAGUGCUACCUGUCCUGCCAGAACCAGAGUCAUUAGAGUUGAAAAAACAUCUGAAGCAGGCCCUUGCCAGCAUGAGCCUCAACACCCAGCCAAUCCUCAAUCUGGAAAAAUUCCAUGAGGGCCAGGAGAUCCCCCUGCUCUUUGGAAAGCCUACUAGUGACCUGCAGUCCACCCCUUCCACGGAAUUCAACCCACUCAUCUAUGGCAAUGAUGUGGAUUCUGUGGAUGUCGCAACCAGAGUGGCCAUGGUCCGUUUCUUCAACUCCCCCAACGUGCUGCAGGGCUUUCAGAUGCACACACGUAUCCUGCGUCUCUUCCCUCGGCCUGUGGUAGCUUUUCAAGUUGGCUCCUUCCUAGCCUCACGUCCCAGGCAGACUCCGUUUGCUGAGAAAUUGGCCAGGACUCAGGCUGUGGAGUACUUUGGGGAAUGGAUCCUUAACCCUACCAACUAUGCCUUUCAGCGCAUUCACAACAAUAUGUUUGAUCCGGCCCUGAUUGGUGACAAGCCAAAGUGGUACGCUCAUCAGCUGCAACCCAUCCACUAUCGCGUCUAUGAUAGCAAUUCCCAGCUGGCUGAAGCGCUGAGUGUGCCCCCAGAGCGUGACUCUGACUCUGAUCCUACUGAUGACAGCGGCAGUGAUAGUAUGGACUAUGGUGACUCAAGCUCUUCCUACUCCUCCCUCGGUGACUUUGUUAGUGAAAUGAUGAAGUGUGACAUCAAUGGCGAUACGCCUAAUGUGGAUCCUCUGACGCAUGCAGCGCUGGGGGAUGCCAGUGAGGUGGAGAUUGAUGAGCUGCCGAGCCAGAAGGAAGCCGGGGAACCUGGUUCCCACAGAGAGAACGCUCAGGAACACCCCCCACCGCACUCCAGCUCCAGCACCACGGCCAGCAGUGGCCCCAGCACCGUCAUCCAUGGAGCCGGUGCUGAACCUGCUGACUCAACAGAGAUGGAUGAUAAGGCAGCAGUAGCCAUCUCCAAGCCCCUCCCUCCCGUGCCUCCCAGCGUCAGCAAAUCGGUUGUGGACAGGCGCCAGACAGAAACUGGAGAGGGAUCAGUAUGCCGGCGAACCUUUGACAACCCAUACUUCGAGCCCCAGUAUGGCCUUCCCCCUGAGGAAGAUGAUGAUGACCAGGGGGAAAGUUACACUCCCCGAUUCAGCCAACAUGUCAGUGGCAAUCGGGCUCAAAAGCUGCUGCGGCCCAACAGCCUGAAACUGGCAAGCGACUCAGACGCAGAGUCAGACUCCCGAGCAAGCUCUCCCACCUCCACCAUCUCCAACAACAGCACCGAGAGCUUUGGGGGCAUCAUGUCUUUUGCCAGCAGCCUAUAUCGGAACCACAGUACAAGCUUCAGUCUUUCGAACCUCACGCUGCCCACCAAAGGUGCCCGGGAGAAGACCACGCCCUUCCCCAGUCUGAAAGUAUUUGGGCUAAAUACUCUAAUGGAGAUUGUUACUGAAGCCGGCCCCGGGAGUGGUGAAGGAAACAGGAGGGCCUUGGUGGACCAGAAGUCAUCUGUCAUUAAACACAGCCCAACAGUGAAGCGAGAACCCCUGUCACCCCAGGGCCGAUCCAGCAAUUCUAGUGAGAACCAGCAGUUCCUGAAGGAGGUGGUGCACAGCGUGCUGGAUGGCCAGGGCGUCGGCUGGCUCAACAUGAAGAAGGUGCGACGGCUGCUGGAGAGCGAGCAGCUGCGGGUCUUUGUCCUGAGCAAGCUGAACCGCACGGUGCAGUCCGAGGACGAUGCCCGGCAAGAUCUCAUCCCCGACGUGGAGAUCAGUCGAAAGGUGUACAAGGGAAUGUUAGACCUGCUCAAGUGCACGGUGCUCAGCCUGGAGCAGUCCUAUACCCAUGCAGGUCUGGGCGGCAUGGCCAGCAUCUUUGGGCUUCUGGAGAUCGCUCAGACCCACUACUACAGCAAAGAACCAGACAAGCGUAAGAGAAGUCCAACAGAGAGCGUGCAUACACCAGUUGGCAAGGAUCCUGGCCUGGCUGGUCGGGGGGACCCAAAGGCUACGGCACAGCUGAGAGUUCCCCAGCUGGGGCCUCGGGCACCAAGUGCUACAGGAAAGGGUCCUAAGGAACUAGAUACCAGGAGUUUAAAGGAAGAGAAUUUUGUAGCAUCUGUUGAAUUGUGGAACAAGCACCAGGAAGUGAAAAAGCAAAAAGCUAUGGAAAAACAGAGGCCUGAAGUACUCAAACCUGCCUUUGACCUUGGCGAGACGGAAGAGAAAAAGUCCCAGAUCAGCGCAGAUAGUGGUGUGAGCCUAACAUCUGGUUCCCAGAGGACGGACCCAGACUCUGUCAUCGGUGUGAGCCCAGCUGUCCUGAUCCGAAGCUCCAGUCAGGAUUCUGAAGUUAGCACCGUGGUGAGUAAUAGUUCUGGAGAGACCCUUGGAGCCGACAGUGACUUGAGCAGCAAUGCAGGCGAUGGACCAGGUGGCGAGGGAAGCACCCGCUUGACAAGCUCUCGGGGCACUUUGUCCGAUAGUGAAAUUGAGACCAACUCUGCCACCAGCGCCAUCUUUGGUAAAGCCCACAGCUUGAAGCCGAGCGUAAGGGAGAAGCUGGCGGGCAGCCCGGUUCGCUCUUACGAAGACGUAAGCCAGCGAGUCUAUCUCUACGAGGGACUCAUAGGAAGGGACAAAGGAUCGAUGUGGGACCAGUUAGAGGAUGCUGCUAUGGAGACCUUUUCUAUGAGUAAAGAGCGUUCUACGUUAUGGGACCAAAUGCAGUUCUGGGAAGAUGCAUUCUUAGAUGCUGUGAUGUUGGAGAGAGAAGGGAUGGGUAUGGACCAGGGUCCCCAGGAGAUGAUAGACAGGUACCUGUCACUGGGAGAGCAUGACCGGAAACGCCUCGAGGAUGAUGAAGAUCGUUUGCUGGCCACGCUUUUGCACAACCUGAUCUCCUACAUGCUGCUGAUGAAGGUACAGAAGAAUGACAUCCGGAAGAAGGUGAGGCGCCUGAUGGGAAAGUCCCACAUUGGGCUUGUGUACAGCCAGCAAAUCAACGAAGUACUUGAUCAGCUGGCCAACCUGAAUGGCCGUGAUCUCUCUGUCCGGUCCAGUGGUAGCCGGCACAUGAAGAAGCAGACAUUUGUGGUACAUGCAGGGACAGACACAAAUGGAGAUAUCUUUUUUAUGGAGGUGUGUGAUGACUGCGUGGUGCUGCGCAGCAACAUCGGGACGGUGUAUGAGCGCUGGUGGUACGAGAAGCUCAUCAACAUGACCUACUGCCCCAAGACCAAGGUGCUGUGCUUGUGGCGCAGAAACGGCUCGGAGACCCAGCUCAACAAGUUCUACACAAAGAAGUGUCGGGAGCUGUACUACUGUGUGAAGGACAGCAUGGAGCGUGCCGCCGCCCGGCAGCAGAGCAUCAAACCUGGGCCUGAACUAGGUGGCGAGUUCCCCGUGCAGGACAUGAAGACUGGUGAGGGUGGCUUGCUGCAGGUCACCCUAGAAGGGAUCAAUCUCAAGUUCAUGCACAACCAGUUCCUGAAAUUAAAGAAGUGGUGAGCCACAAGUACAAGACACCCAUGGCCCACGAGAUCUGCUACUCGGUGUUGUGUCUCUUCUCGUAUGUGGCUGCGGUCCGCAGCAGUGAGGACGACCUCCGAACCCCACCCCGGCCCGUCUCCAGCUGAUGGAGGGUGACGGCUGCCCCAGCCCAGGGGCGCCCUGGCCUCUUGCCUCUUGCUGUUCCCCAGUGCAUGAUGCUGCUAAGACCAGAUGCGGAUGACACGCGUUCUCUGCAAGCCCCUCACGUGGCUUCGGUGGUUCCCAGUUAUGUGUCUGUUGGUGUGUCUUAGUGUGUUCAUCACAGGGCUGAGCUAGCCUCUUCCGCCUUCUCCCUCUUCACUCCCAGAAGACCAGCCUACUGUUCCCUCAGGGCUCAGUGUGUGUGUGUGUGUGUGUGUGUGUGUGUGUGUGUGUGUGUCUUUGUCUGUUGGGCCAGUGGCUUCUAAGAACUCUUUGGCACAGGCCAGUGUGAGUCCACGCCUGCAUGCCCUUGAGACAUUUGUGCUGUGGCUCCGUGUCCUUGGCAUUGUGACCUCCCAGCGCAGGACUCUGGCUCUUGUCCUCUGUGAUCUGGCACAGCCGGGCGCCUGGAACAGCCCCCUCUGGGGAGUGAGGGAAGCUUGAGGCUUCCUGAGCGGGGUGGGCGGCGAGAGGAGGGAGAGGCCCGGGGCAGCAGAGUGAGUGGCAACCUCCCUGCUUCCUGACGCAUUUCCUAAGCUGGCAGCUACCACCCGCCCUCCCGUGGGCCACACACAGUCUUGCUGCUGUCACCAUGGCCUCCACCACUCAGCGGAGCAGCUCUUCCCCUGGGGUCUGCCUGGCCUUAGGCAGAGGAGAGCAGACUGGUUGGGGCCAGGAGACUCCCAGGAACCGGAAGGGGUGGGCAAAGGCCACGUUCGGUAUACACACCCGUGUCUGCAGGCGCGUCUCCUGGCACCGGGUGCCAGAAGGGAGAGAGGGCCUGGGAGUGGGCAAGAGAUGACUGUACAUAUUUAUUUCAGCUCCACAUUAUUUAUAGAAAAUGUACAGACAUGUGAAUGUGAAAUAAAUGUCCUUAACUCUC